AUGCUCAGGAAAGUCAACUUCAGUGGGAAUCCUCUCGGUAGUUCUGGUGUGGAGAUCUUGGCUAGGGUUUUCAUCCGCAGCAAGUUGGGUUUCCCCGAUCAGAGCACUGCUCUCUCCGAGGGUGGUCGUGAUUCUAGUGUUGUUAGCCGAAUCGAGACGCUACCCUCUGGCGAAAAUGGUCGUCGCGCUGAUCACUUUUCCUCUAUCUCCAUCUAUGACACAGGUCGGAGAUCCGCGCAUUCUGGAGAUCAAAAUUCAACGCCUCAGCCUCAGGACCUGUUUGAGAUUGCAUCAGAGAGCAAUCGAAGACACUUCUGCAAAACUCGUGGACUACGGGCGGUGCCGGACUUUGGUCUGACAGGAAUCCCCCUGUCUGCCACUGGUGUUAUCCAUCUGGCUAGCAUUCUGUGCAUGCAGGAAUCACGCGAGUUCCUCUGCUUUUAUCUUCCGAAGACGAAGGUAUCUUCUUCCCAACCGGAAACGGCGGAGAAGAAUCUGAGCAUCAAUUGGGAUCGGUGUGAGCAUUUGAUUCAAGACGUCCGUCAAUUGCUGAGCUGGGCAACUACAAUUGCUCAGCAAGCUCCGUCUUUCUACCGACACACUUUGGCUGUGGCAAUCAACCAAUUAGAGACUCCCCCAAUACCGGUUCCCUCGUACAAAGGCAGGGGGUGGAAAGGUAGAUCUGACAGGAAAUUUCAAUCGGUCACUAAAAAGAUCUACGAUCUCGCGACUGACGAUGAGGUCCGAGCCUCGGAGAUCUGGGGAAUUGCCCUACAGAUGGCGAUUAUGGUGGGAGCUGUCCUGUCCAGUGAGGAGAUUAUUCAAGUAAGUGGAGUACUUUGA